AUGGCAAAUGGUGGCGGCGGCGGCGGCGGCGGCGGAGGCAGCAGUCUUAGAAUGAGCAGCAAUAUCCACGCGAACCAUCUCAGCCUAGACGCGUCCUCCUCCUCCUCUUCUUCCUCCUCCUCCUCUUCCUCCUCGUCCUCGGUCCACGAGCCCAAGAUGGAUGCGCUCAUCAUCCCGGUGACCAUGGAGGUGCCGUGCGACAGCCGGGGCCAACGCAUGUGGUGGGCUUUCCUGGCCUCCUCCAUGGUGACUUUCUUCGGCGGCCUCUUCAUCAUCUUGCUCUGGAGGACGCUCAAGUACCUGUGGACCGUUUGCUGCCACUGCGGGGGCAAAACGAAGGAGGCCCAGAAGAUUAACAAUGGCUCAAGCCAGGCGGAUGGCACUCUCAAGCCCGUGGAUGAAAAAGAGGAGACGGUGGCGGCCGAGGUCGGCUGGAUGACCUCUGUGAAAGACUGGGCGGGGGUGAUGAUAUCUGCCCAGACGCUGACCGGCAGAGUCCUGGUUGUCUUAGUCUUUGCUCUCAGCAUUGGUGCACUUGUAAUAUACUUCAUAGAUUCGUCAAACCCAAUAGAAUCCUGCCAGAAUUUCUACAAAGAUUUCACAUUACAGAUCGACAUGGCUUUCAACGUAUUCUUCCUUCUCUACUUUGGCUUGCGGUUUAUUGCAGCCAAUGAUAAGCUAUGGUUCUGGCUUGAAGUGAACUCUGUAGUAGAUUUCUUCACGGUCCCCCCUGUGUUCGUGUCUGUGUACUUAAACAGAAGUUGGCUUGGUUUGAGAUUUUUAAGAGCUCUCAGACUGAUCCAGUUUUCAGAAAUUUUACAGUUUCUGAAUAUCCUGAAAACAAGUAAUUCCAUCAAACUGGUGAAUCUGCUCUCCAUUUUUAUCAGCACGUGGCUCACAGCAGCCGGGUUCAUCCAUUUGGUGGAGAAUUCAGGGGACCCAUGGGAAAAUUUCCAAAACAACCAGGCUCUUACCUACUGGGAAUGUGUCUAUCUGCUCAUGGUGACCAUGUCCACUGUUGGUUAUGGGGAUGUUUAUGCAAAAACCACGCUCGGGCGUCUCUUCAUGGUCUUCUUCAUCCUCGGGGGACUGGCCAUGUUUGCCAGCUACGUCCCUGAAAUCAUAGAGUUAAUAGGAAACCGCAAGAAAUACGGGGGCUCCUAUAGUGCGGUUAGUGGAAGAAAGCACAUAGUGGUCUGUGGACACAUCACACUGGAGAGCGUCUCCAACUUCCUCAAGGACUUUCUGCACAAGGACCGCGAUGAUGUCAACGUGGAGAUCGUCUUUCUUCACAAUAUCUCCCCUAACCUGGAGCUGGAAGCUCUGUUCAAACGACAUUUUACUCAGGUGGAGUUUUAUCAGGGUUCAGUCCUCAAUCCACAUGACCUUGCAAGAGUCAAGAUAGAGUCAGCAGAUGCGUGCCUCAUCCUUGCCAAUAAGUACUGCGCAGACCCCGAUGCCGAAGAUGCCUCCAACAUCAUGAGAGUCAUCUCCAUAAAGAACUACCACCCGAAGAUAAGAAUCAUCACUCAGAUGCUGCAGUAUCACAAUAAGGCCCAUCUGCUAAACAUCCCAAGCUGGAAUUGGAAAGAGGGGGAUGAUGCAAUCUGCCUCGCAGAGCUGAAGCUGGGGUUCAUCGCCCAGAGUUGCCUGGCUCAAGGGCUCUCUACCAUGCUCGCCAACCUCUUCUCCAUGAGGUCAUUCAUAAAGAUUGAGGAAGACACGUGGCAGAAAUACUACUUGGAAGGAGUCUCAAAUGAAAUGUACACAGAAUAUCUCUCCAGUGCCUUUGUGGGUCUGUCCUUCCCUACUGUUUGUGAGCUGUGUUUUGUGAAGCUCAAGCUUCUCAUGAUAGCCAUUGAGUACAAGUCCGCCAAUCGAGAGAGCCGUAUAUUAAUUAAUCCUGGAAACCAUCUUAAGAUCCAAGAAGGUACUUUAGGAUUUUUCAUCGCAAGUGAUGCCAAAGAAGUUAAAAGGGCAUUUUUUUACUGCAAGGCCUGUCAUGAUGACAUCACAGAUCCCAAAAGGAUAAAAAAAUGUGGCUGCAAACGGCCCAAGAUGUCCAUCUACAAGAGAAUGAGACGAGCAUGUUGUUUUGAUUGCGGACGUUCUGAGCGUGACUGCUCGUGCAUGUCAGGCCGUGUGCGUGGUAACAUGGACACCCUUGAGAGAGCCUUCCCACUUUCUUCUGUCUCUGUUAGUGAUUGCUCCACCACUUUCCGUGCCUUUGAAGAUGAGCAGCCGUCGACACUGUCACCCAAAAAAAAGCAGCGCAACGGAGGCAUGCGGAACUCACCCAGCUCCUCGCCCAAGCUGAUGAGGCAUGACCCCUUGUUAAUUCCUGGCAAUGAUCAGAUUGACAACAUGGACUCCAAUGUGAAGAAAUAUGACUCUACCGGGAUGUUUCACUGGUGUGCACCCAAGGAGAUAGAGAAAGUCAUCCUGACCCGAAGUGAAGCUGCCAUGACCGUCCUGAGUGGCCAUGUGGUGGUCUGCAUCUUCGGUGAUGUCAGUUCUGCCCUGAUUGGUCUUCGGAACCUGGUGAUGCCACUCCGUGCCAGCAACUUUCACUACCAUGAGCUCAAGCACAUUGUGUUUGUGGGUUCCAUCGAGUACCUCAAGCGGGAAUGGGAGACACUACAUAACUUCCCCAAGGUUUCCAUCUUGCCUGGUACGCCAUUAAGUCGGGCUGAUUUAAGGGCCGUCAACAUCAACCUCUGUGACAUGUGCGUUAUCCUGUCAGCCAAUCAGAAUAAUAUUGAUGAUACUUCGCUGCAGGACAAGGAAUGCAUCUUGGCGUCACUCAACAUCAAAUCUAUGCAGUUUGAUGACAGCAUCGGGGUCUUGCAGGCUAAUUCCCAAGGGUUCACACCUCCAGGAAUGGACCGAUCCUCCCCAGAUAACAGCCCGGUACAUGGAAUGUUACGCCAGCCCUCCAUCACGACUGGUGUCAACAUCCCCAUCAUCACUGAACUAGUGAACGAUACCAACGUUCAGUUUUUGGACCAAGACGAUGAUGAUGACCCCGACACAGAACUGUACCUCACGCAGCCGUUUGCAUGUGGGACAGCAUUCGCCGUCAGCGUCCUGGAUUCGCUCAUGAGCGCAACAUACUUCAAUGACAACAUCCUUACCCUGAUACGGACCCUGGUGACUGGAGGAGCCACACCGGAGCUGGAGGCUUUGAUUGCCGAGGAGAAUGCACUGCGCGGGGGCUAUAGCACCCCCCAGACGCUGGCCAACAGGGACCGCUGCCGUGUGGCCCAAUUAGCGCUGUUGGACGGGCCCUUUGCGGACCUGGGGGAUGGUGGUUGUUAUGGUGAUCUGUUCUGCAAAGCUCUGAAAACAUACAAUAUGCUUUGUUUUGGAAUUUAUCGGCUGAGAGAUGCUCACCUCAGCACCCCCAGCCAAUGCACGAAGAGGUAUGUCAUCACCAACCCCCCGUACGAGUUUGAGCUCGUGCCGACGGACCUGAUCUUCUGCUUAAUGCAGUUUGACCACAACGCCGGCCAGUCCCGGGCCAGCCUCUCCCAUUCCUCCCACUCGUCCCAGUCCUCUAGCAAGAAGAGCUCCUCUGUCCACUCCAUCCCAUCCACGGCAAACCGACAGAACCGGCCCAAGUCCCGGGAGUCCCGAGACAAACAGAAUGCAACAAGGAUGAAUAGAAUGGGCCAAGAAAAGAAAUGGUUUACAGAUGAACCGGAUAAUGCCUAUCCCAGAAACAUUCAAAUCAAGCCCAUGAGUACCCACAUGGCUAACCAGAUCAACCAAUAUAAAUCCACAAGCAGCUUGAUUCCACCAAUCAGAGAAGUUGAAGAUGAAUGUUGA